CCAGCUCCUCUGCCAACGGGGGUGACGGCGACCUCUGGGGAACCCAUCACCACGGACAACACGGUAAUACUGUCUGACUCAUCUCCCCAGGUAGUUAGCCUCCCCCUCCCCCCUGCCCCAAAAACUGGACAAGGUCCAGUCCAGAGACAACUGACUUUUGGCCCAGCAGUAGCUGCCACACCAGCACCUGCACUCACACGCCGCCCCACUAGACACAUCAACACACAGAGGAAAAUGAAGGAGUGGUGCCUGACGGCCAGAAGGAAAUGGCUCAUUAUUGGUGACUCAAAUGUGGCCAGAUUUCCACCUUUUCAGUGCCCAGACUUACAGGUGGACAGCUUUCCUGGAGCCACCUUCAGGCAUGCAGAAGCCAUCCUGGCCAGAACCAACAUUUGCACCAUGGUCCAAAAACUAAUCCUCUCUUUUGGUAUCAAUAACAGGGCCCAAAACAUACAAAACACCACCAUCAAGCAGCUACAGAGAGCAGUCAGGAUGGCAAAACUGGCAUUCCCUCGGGCCACAGUCAUGGUGCCGGAGAUUAACUUCUCCAGAACCCUGCCUCAGCCAGACCAGGACAACCUCAGAGAGCUGAAUCUCUACAUCACCACCAACCAGCCCUUUCUCCCUGCACUCUCGGGGAGGGACUUUGCCACGGAGAGAGAUGGCAUCCACUGGUCCCGCUCCACGGCCAAGCGGAUGCUGGACCACUGGCUGGACUCUUUAAAGUAAUUAACCCCGUGAACUCACUACCUCAGACGGGGGGUAAGAAUGUGAUUAAUUUGUCUAAAUGUUUUAUUUUGUCUGCAGCCCAGUUUGCUCUACUCAGCAGGGGACUGAACUUCAUCCCGACAACCAGCAGCAACCCAAAUUUCAAAAAACAAAUUCGAUUCGACAUACAGCAGUAUCACAGACGACUUAAACUAGCGACCUACUUUGAACACAAACCUGACACACAACCACCACUUUUCACUCCCAAGUCCCAGUGGGUCCCUCCUAAGGGUAAGUUACCUCCAGACAUUGACACACUCAUCC